CAGGCCACGCCCUCUGCGGGCCGCCUCCGCCCCGCGCCGCUCGGACCUUUCGGGACGUGAGCGUCUGGGCUCGGACAGAGGGCUGGCAGCGUGGGUCCUAGGAUGCCAGGCCCUGUUCCUUACGCGCGGGGGCCAAAUCCUCGGGAAGCUGAGCCAGCCCGUUCAGCCGUCCGCCCCAAACGCGGAGCAGGCCGGGGUUCCCUCUCGAGGAGGCUCCGGAGGAUCAGCCACGCCUCCCCGCUCGGGUGCAGGAAGCCAGCUUCCCCCGGCCGCCUGAGAAGCGUUCGGGUUGUCCGCCCGGCCGAGGCCUCGGAGCGCGGGCACGGCGCUAGGCGAGCCGGCUAAGGUCGCGGCGUGACUGCCGGGCCUCCCCCGACUCGGACCCGGACUCGGAGCCGCGCACUCGCCGGGCUGCGGGUGGCGCGGUCACGCGCGCGCGGCUCUCGCUCUCCGCCCCGCACACCUGCGCUCCGCCCCUUGAUCCCCGGCCCGCCACGGCGUUGAGGGAGCCCCGGGCGGCUGCGGCGGCGCCCCUCGUCUCCUCCCCUUCCCCGGGGCCGGAGCUGCCCCGAGCCUGCGGCCGUGCCCAUCGAGCCCUCCGGCCCUCUCCAUCCUUCCCUCCCCCUCCUCGCCGGCCGCGGCCCGGGUACCCGCAGCCGCAGCCCGGAGCCCGGGAGGCAGUGAAGGGGGGAGGGGGAGGAGGCAAGGGAUGAGCACCGGGAAGGCGUCGGGGGCCCUGAGCCGCACUAGGACGCCCCUGAAGCCAGAACCCGAGCCGGAGCCGGAGCCGGAACCGAACCACCGGUACCGGCUGCAGCCCCCUAACUCCAGGAGGCGCCCUGGCCCGCGCUCGCCCCCCAGGGCCUCAUGUCGGAACCACAGCCUGACCUGGAGCCGCCCCAGCAUGGGCUGUACAUGCUGUUCCUGCUUGUGCUGGUCUUCUUCCUCAUGGGCCUCGUGGGCUUCAUGAUCUGCCACGUGCUCAAGAAGAAGGGUUACCGCUGCCGCACGUCCCGGGGCUCGGAGCCCGACGACGCCCAGCUCCAACCCUCUGAGGACGAUGACAUGAAUGAGGACACAGUAGAGAGGAUUGUUCGCUGCAUCAUCCAAAAUGAAGCCAAUGCUGAGGCCUUGAAGGAGAUGCUGGGGGACAGUGAAGGAGAAGGGACAGUGCAGCUGUCCAGCGUGGAUGCCACCUCCAGCCUGCAGGACGGUGCCCCCUCCCACCACCACACCGUGCACCUGGGCUCAGCAGCCCCCUGCAUCCACUGUAGUCGUAACAAGAGGCCGCCUCUCGUCCGUCAGGGCCGCUCCAAGGACGGGAAGAGCCGGCCGCGGCCGGGGGAGACCACCGUGUUCUCUGUGGGCAGGUUCCGGGUGACACACAUUGAGAAACGCUCCGGGCUGCACGAACACCGUGAUGGCUCCCCCACGGACAGGAGCUGGGGGUCCAGCGGGGGGCAGGAGCCUGGGGGAUGCCUGGGGGCCGGGCAACCUGCCAUGGAGAGCCUGUCCCCGGAGAGGCCACAGUCCCAGAUGCCUGCCAGCCCCCCAGUGCAGAAUGGAGGACUUAGGGACAGCGGCCUAGUCCCUGGUGCACUUGAGGGGAACCCUGGACCCCCUACGGAGCCAACCCCAAGGUCCAGAAGGAGGGACCCAAGCCCAGGGCUGGCCAGUCCAGAGGCAGGUAGACAACAGAGCAAAGUGGACGCCUCAGAUCAGCAGGUGCCCCCACCUCGGGGAGCAGGCGAUGUGUGAGGUGAGUCUGCCUGGGCCCCAAGUCCAACCAUUGCCCCCUCU